CCUACUCCUCCGUGCACUCUCGGGGCAAAGCUAUAUCAAUAGUCCUUAUAACUCUUCCAGCAGCGCAUAUAUACUAAGCCCCUACGCUACCUACAACCUCCAACUUCAAAAUCCCAUUCUACCUUCAGCCUCACAAAACCUGCACCAAAUAUAGCGUCAUCACACAAAACCGAAACCAUGAAACCCAGCCCCAUCAUGCUCCCACUAUCCUCCCUCCUCCUGCUACCAAUCCCCAUACCUCUCAUCCUCGCAGCCGCCACCUUCGUUGACCUCGAAGUAAGCUUCUACGGCUCCACCCUGGGGAUCCCUGACUCCACGGCCUCCGUGCAAGUCCCCAUCGGCAACCGCUCCGUGGUGCCGGCCACCUGUACGGAUCUCCCUCUGACGGCGUACAAUGCGACAUUGUUACCGCAGGAUCCUCCGGUUGAAGUCGAGUGUUAUCUUCUUGGGCUACCCUGUCGGGAUGUUGUGGGGACGAUUUCGACGGAAGAUACUUUUAUCAAGCUGCUGAAUCCGGCGAGGGCGGUGCAAUGUUAUCCCGAGUAAGUACUAGGUCAUUGGAAGGGAGGUGUAGUUGGGGAUUGGAGAGAUUAUAGACGGUCCAUCCAGUCUACUGGGUAUGGAU